UUCUCUACACUGGCAUAUGUUAUGUUGUAACCAUGUGACUCAACAUUACGGUGCUAUGGAGACAGUCGUUACAAAUAGAGGGACGAACUGAUUAUCGCCGCAGUGGCUCUCCGUCCAGACGCAGAAACGUUGCUUGUGAAACCACCCUGAACCAUGUUGAAUUUUGGCAUGCUGGUUCUUCUAGCGACUGCUUGUUUACUCCACAUCAAGCCCUCCAAGGCAGCUUGUACGGAUGCCGCCUCCUGCAACGAUCAUGGAACAUGUGCCACCAAUAUAUGCACCUGCACCGACGGUUACGCCGGAGACAAUUGUGAAACAGAUCCGCCUUGCACCCAGGACUCUGACUGUUUGAAUUCGGGAUUGUGUACCAAAACUAGCUCUCCCUAUUUCUGUACCUGCACUGGCGGCUACGGUGGAGCUACCUGUGCUGAUGCUCCGACUUGUACUGCUGACGAUAACUGCGAAAAUGGCGGCUCGUGCAACAAAACUGCAACGCCUUACGCAUGUGCAUGUGCUACUGGUUACACAGGAGACACUUGUGAUACGAGAUCUGGGUCCGUGCAGGUGACGUUCAUCAUCAAAUCAUUGUUGCUGACAACGUUUCUCAGUGUGCUCCUCAAGUAAUACGAUUUCCGUCUUUAGCCCACUGGAUGUGUGUUCUGUGUCGUAAUCUUUGUCUUCACGGAUACGUAUUCUGACGCGUUAGUUGCCACCUUGCGUAAAUAAUACCCAGAUAUUCGAAGCAGAUACUUGCUAUGAUCAAAAGACAGCAAAUACGUAAUGUUAAUUAUUUAUUUCAUUGUGUGAAAUACGUUUUUUCUAUUACAGUUAAAAACUGAUUUUUUAAUUACCCAUUAAAGAUGUAACCAUCGGUAAUUAUGUUUCAUAGACAUUUCUCAUGUUAUCACAUAGAAUGAAGCAGGGGUUUGAACGAUUCCUUCUGACAAAAUCUGAUGUUUACACAUAUUGCAGUGUGUUUUAUCAUCUCGCGUAAUAUUUAACAUUCAUUUCAGAAAAGUGGCACGGUAAUUGAAUAAUAAUUGCUUUCCUUUGAACUUAGAUUUCUAAUGCUCUGACAAAAUGUUCUGUGCCUUAAUGACGCGUUGAGCUCUUUCGAAGGUUCCGCUGAAAUAAACGACGCAGUUCAACAAUU